CGCGUCCUCCUUUUGUGCGGCGCCGGGCUGGGCUGUGAAGGUAAACAGCGCUUCCUCUUCCUCCUCGCCGCCUCUUCCUUUUAUAGCGAUUUCUGGCCGCGCCGGGGCCGGGGCGCUGCUGUUGCUGCUGCUGUUGCUGCUGCUGCUGCUGCCGCCGCGGCGGGGCCGCUCGCGAACCUGCGGCGGGGACGCGCGAGCCGCCGACCCGGAAGCGGCGUGUGUGCACCGCAGGCUCCCGCCGCCCGCUCGCCCGCCCAUCGGGCUGCCAGGAGAAGAAACUGAGGCCUGGAGUUUCAGUAAUUCCUUCGAGGUGACCACUUUGAUAGAAGGACAAGGACAGAAUCACCAGCACUGGCUGAAGGUUUGCUGGCAUGGGUAAUCUCAUUAAGGUGCUAACCAGGGACAUAGACCACAAUGCAGCACAUUUUUUCUUGGACUUUGAAAAUGCCCAGCCUACAGAAUCUGAGAAGGAAAUAUAUAAUCAGGUGAAUGUAGUGUUAAAAGAUGCAGAAGGCAUCUUGGAGGACUUGCAAUCAUACAGAGGAGCUGGCCAUGAAAUACGAGAGGCAAUCCAGCAUCCAGCAGAUGAGAAGUUGCAAGAGAAGGCAUGGGGUGCAGUUGUGCCACUAGUAGGCAAAUUAAAGAAGUUUUAUGAAUUUUCUCAGAGGCUAGAAGCAGCAUUAAGAGGUCUUCUGGGAGCCUUGACUAGUACACCAUACUCCCCAACCCAGCAUCUAGAGCGAGAGCAGGCUCUCGCUAAACAGUUUGCAGAGAUUCUUCACUUCACACUCCGCUUUGAUGAACUCAAGAUGACAAAUCCUGCCAUACAGAAUGACUUCAGCUACUAUAGGAGAACGUUGAGUCGGAUGAGAAUUAAUAAUGUUCCGGCAGAAGGAGAAAAUGAAGUAAAUAAUGAAUUGGCAAAUCGAAUGUCUUUGUUUUAUGCUGAGGCCACCCCAAUGCUGAAAACCUUAAGUGAUGCAACAACAAAAUUUGUCUCAGAGAAUAAAAAUUUACCAAUAGAAAAUACCACAGAUUGUUUAAGCACCAUGGCGAGUGUAUGCAGAGUCAUGCUGGAGACACCGGAAUACAGAAGCAGAUUUACCAAUGAAGAGACAGUAUCAUUCUGCUUGAGGGUAAUGGUGGGUGUCAUAAUACUCUAUGACCAUGUCCAUCCAGUGGGAGCAUUUGCCAAAACUUCCAAAAUUGAUAUGAAAGGUUGUAUUAAAGUUCUUAAGGACCAACCUCCUAAUAGUGUAGAAGGUCUUCUCAAUGCUCUCAGGUACACGACAAAACAUUUGAACGAUGAGACUACCUCCAAGCAAAUUAGGUCCAUGCUGCAGUAAGCGCUGUGGAGCAAGCCCCUACUGCAGAUGGAGCACAACAGUGUUCUUCAGUGACCGAGAAUGCAGUCUUUAGUGAUUGCCAUUAAAUCUCCUUAUUCUUGCUUUGGUUUCUUUCCUCUGUUCCUCUUCCCACUUUUUUAAUCAUGUUCUUGUUCUUAAGACUUCUUUUCUGUGCCAAAAUCAGUAAAGUUGUACUUUGAAAGGGAUUUUGUCCUUUCAAAACAGGCCAUCUAAGGCAGCUAAUUAUGCAUUGCAUUGAGGUCUCUACUGAGAAAAGUUCUGUGACUUGAACUAAAUAUUUUUAAAUGUGGAUUUUUUUUGAAAACUAAUAUUUAAUAUUGCUUCUUCUGCAUGGCAAAACUGCCUAUUCUGCUAUUUAAAACCCUCAUGAAUUUAUUUUCUACUGCCGCUUUUUCAUGUCCAGCCAAAAUGAAAUGUUUAAAUUAACUGUGUUGUACAAAUGGUACCCAACACAAACCUUUUUUAAAUUAGUAAGACUUUUGUUUAAAGUUUUAAGUUUGCAUUUUGACUUUUUUUUUGUGAGGAUGUAUGUUGUGUGUUUAACCUUUAUUAACUAACGUUAAAAACUGUGAUGUGUGCGUAGAAUAUUACGUAUGCAUGUUCAUGUUCAAGAAUGGCUGUUGAUAAAAUAAAAAUCAGCUUCCUUUUUCUAA